AUGCCUCCCUCAGGAAAUGCCUCCCUCAGUUUCCCCCCCCCCCACACGCCCUUCCAUGCCAUUGCCAACUCCCCUCUGCACCCCUCCCAUCCCCUUCCCUCUCUGCCCCUCCCAUCCCCUUCCCUCUCUGCCCCUCCCCAUCCCCUUCCCUCUCUGCCCCUCCCAUCCCCUUCCCUCUCUGCCCCUCCCAUCCCCCUUCCCCCUACCCCUCCCAUACUCCUCCCGCUAUGCUUCUGUGUGACCACCCUAUUCCCUUUCGCGUGCUCCCCACUCCCCUCUGCGCCCUCCCCAACCUCCCUCCCCCACCCUCCCACAUGUGUGCCUCUUACGAGCAGAGCACACGCCAGUCAACGCCUUGUUGACGCCCUUGACUCUGUGCCGGGCGGCAAGGCUCUAGUGCUGGAUGCGUCUAUCAGCGGCCCGCUCGCCUUCAUCGCUCCCAUCUCUCUCCUCAAGGAACACGGAGUGGAAAAUCUGUUCCACAUCAGCGCCGACCCCAUCCAAUCACAGUGCUCCACCGUCCUCUACCUCCUGCGCCCCAAUCCGCUUCUCAUUCGCUGGAUCACACGCCAGGUGCGAGCAGACGAGGACGAGGGCGUCACUCGCAGCUACUCACUCCACUUCAUUCCCAGAUGCGACGCCAUCUGCACCAGGGUUCUGGAGCAGGAGGGACUGGUGGGCGACCCGCGGGUGGCAGUGGGCGAGUAUCCCCUCGAGAUGAUCCCCGUGGACCAUGACCUCCUCGCACUGGACCUCCAUACCCUCUAUAAGGAUGUACACGUGGACUCAGACCCCACCUCCACUUUGCAAGUGGCGCGAGUGCUGGCUAAUUUCCAGUCCGUGUUUGGAGUGCCUCCAGUGCUGAAGGGCAAGGGAGUGGCAGCGCAGCGAGUGGCACAGGCCAUGAGUCAACUCAUGAAGGAACAGAAGUCGCACGUGGCGCCGGUGGAGCAUCCAAGCGUGGACAUGAUGGUGCUGAUAGACAGACAGGUGGACAUGGUGACGCCAGCAUGCACUCAGCUCACAUACGAAGGGCUGCUUGAUGAGCUACUGCACGUAGCAAACGGGGCAGUGGAGGUGGAUCCUGCAGUCAUGGGGGUGACAUCCAAUGCCAGGAAGAUCAAAGUGCCUCUCAACUCCAACCCUUCAUGCGCUGCCUUGCCCUCCUCGCCUUCCUCGCCUUCCUCACCCUGCUCGCCUUCCUCCACUCACCUGUAUCUAUGCAUUGAGAAGCUGUUUCAGAAGCUUAGAGCUUUUGAGACGUCUCAUGCUUCAUCUUGCCGUCCCUCCCCGCCGUCCUCACCUUACCUAUAUCUUUGCAGUGACAAGCUGUUUCAGGACCUUAGAGGCCGCAACUUUGGAUCAGCAGCGGAGUCAUUCACGUGUCUCUGUCCCCUCUUCUCCCUUUGCUCCAUCGCUGUCUCUGCUCUCUUUGACCCUCUGUCCCCUCUGUCCCCUCUGCUCUCUCUGCUCCCCUCCUCAGCUGCUGCGAGGCAAGGCAGUGGAGAUGAAGUCAGGCUGCUGCGAGCCAAGGCAGUGGAGAUGAAGUCAGAGUAUGCCAACCUCAGGCAACGGCCGCAAAGAGACGCAUCGCCACUGCGCUCCGCUGCGCCGGGUGGCCAGGGAGCUGCCUCUGCUGCUGCUGCUGCUGCUGGUGGUGGAGAGCAGACGGUAUCAGAGCUGAAGGACUUUGUCAAGAAGCUCAACGUUCUGCCAGAGCUUACGCGCCACACCAACCUAGCGGGGCACAUCUCACAAGUCACCAACCGGCCGGCCUUUGGCGCUCUCAUCUCCACGGAGCAAGCCAUCCUGGAAGCACGCUCCAUAGACUCGGCGUGUGAGUACAUAGAGGACGCCAUGGCACAGGGGCAUCCCAUGAGCACGGUGUUACGCCUCCUCUCCCUUGUCUCCCUCACCAAUGGCGGUAUUCCCAAGGCACGCUUCGACCAUCUCAGGCGCGAGUUCCUGCAGGCCUACGGCUUCCUUCACGUCUUUUCUCUUGACAAUUUCGAGCGCGCAGGCUUGAUCAAACGCCAGGAGGGCCGCAGCACAUGGGUUGCAGUGAAGCGGAGCCUGAGGCUCAUAGUGGAUGACGAUGAUGAUGCCAAUCCCAGGGACAUUGCGUUCACGUUUUCUGGCUAUGCCCCUCUAAGUGUGCGCCUCCUGCAACAGGCCAUCCAACCUGGAGGCUGGAGAGCGAUGGACGAAGUGACAAAGACUGCCACAGGACCAACUUUUGAGUGGGAGCAGUCCCCUGACGGCACCACCCAUCGGGACGUCACCAACCGGACCCCGUCCGCCAUGCGCAGAGGGCCAUCGGAGUCGGUGCCUCGUCUGGUGGCUGCUGUAUUCCUGGGGGGCGUCACCUUCGCUGAGGUUGCUGCUCUGCGCUUCCUCUCCAUGCAGGAUUCGGCAAUCACGUCGUUCCUCAUCAUCACAACCAACAUCGUCUCUGGCAACUCCCUCUUACAGCCGUUGAUUGAGACCGUCUGA